GACCGGGCAUCGCCGAGACCAUCUCGAUAUAUUCGCGAUCGCGAGGAAACAUAGGCGGAUCCUCGGAAUCGUAUACGCGUUUUUGCGUGUACGAGGCAAUUGAGGGACGAGACAGAUUGGGUCGAGUCUGUGGUACAUUUGUAACGACACGGUCGGGGUUAUCUAUAUACGUUAUUGUUGACUAUUCAUGGGUUCAAAUUGAUGAGAAAGCGAGUUGAAAUUGUAGUCAUUAAAAGUUUUAAGCAAUUCGUUAAAAUUUAUAUACACAAUCUAAAUGAGAAUGGCACCGAAUGUGACCAGCACACCGACCGGAGUCCUUUUUGAGGGCGAAACCGUGGCCGAGCCACUGAUUGAAGAAUCCAAGGAGAAGCCCAAGUACGUCAGGAGCAUCGUUUGGAGAAACGUUUUGAUUUUUGCUUACCUUCAUCUUGGCGCACUUUAUGGAGUUUAUCUCGCGAUUACCUCCGCCAAAUUAGCGACCGUCAUUUUUGCAUACUUCUUAUACCAAUUCAGCGGCUUUGGAAUCACAGCCGGGGCUCACAGAUUGUGGGCGCACAGAUCCUACAAAGCCAAAUGGCCUCUCCAGCUGCUUCUUGUGAUCAUGAACACUGUCGCAUUUCAGGAUGCCGCGAUCGAUUGGGCCAGGGAUCAUCGAGUUCAUCACAAAUACAGCGAGACCAAUGCCGAUCCGCACAACGCUAGAAGAGGUUUCUUCUUCUCGCACGUGGGCUGGCUGCUCUGCAAAAAGCAUCCGGAAGUGAAGGAAAAGGGCAAGGGAAUCGAUUUGAGCGACCUCGAGAGUGAUCCGAUAUUGGCAUUCCAGAAAAAAUAUUACAUCGUGCUUAUGCCGCUGCUGUGUUUCAUUCUACCUACCGUUAUUCCCGUUGUAUGCUGGAACGAGACGUGGAUGAACGCUUAUUUCAUUCCCACUGUUCUACGUUACAUCUUCACGUUGAACAUGACGUGGUUGGUGAACUCCGCCGCUCAUCUUUUCGGAAACAAACCCUACGACAGAUACAUCAAUCCGUCGGAGAACACAGGAGUCGCCAUUUUUGCACUUGGCGAGGGAUGGCACAAUUAUCAUCACGUCUUCCCCUGGGACUACAAGACGGCCGAGCUCGGCAACUACAGGUUGAAUUUUACCACGGCCUUCAUCGAUUUCUUCGCGAGAAUCGGUUGGGCGUACGAUCUGAAGAGCGUGUCCGAGGACAUGGUGAGAAAACGUGUGGAGAGAACGGGCGACGGCAGCCACGAGUUAUGGGGCUGGGGCGACAAGGAUCAGACGCAGGAAGAGAGGGACGACGCUAUAGUGACACAUCGCACGAAGAAUCAGUAGAGUCGUGUUGUUAAUGUGCCGGACUAGCGUAUCUCGAUUUUGGAACGUAACUAAACUUCUUUUCACAUUUGUCUAUAACUCUCGCGGUUUUAAUCCGUUUGUACAAAUUCAACGGAGAUUUUCAUGGGAACUUCGGUGAAGGAGAAUCUGAUCGAAUUGAUCUUCUCACGCUUCGACGUGUUGCUGCACAAUUAUUUGGCGGGUUCCAUAAUAAUACAGCCUCAGAAGAUCCGACGAUCGGUCAGAGAACAAUUUUUUGUAAUGUGUUUUUCGUAAUGGUGUUCUGGAUCGCGUACGCCGCGUGCUCGCUCUUUCUUACUGGUCUUAUUAAGAUAGUUAACUGCAUUCGACUUGUUAAUGAAAAAAAGUUUAUAUAUUGUUAUAUAUUAUUUACAUAAAGUUUUGAAAACAGUACGUAUGAAUGAGAAGGAUACGCAUGUCAUAAUUGAAACAUCCUGAAAACAAAACUUAAUUUGUACUUUUGUCAGUACACAAGAUCGAUAUGUAAAUAUAUAAUAUAAUAUAUAAUACACUUUAACUAAAAACAUGGUAGAAUUUUUUCACAUGUUGAAAUUUAAUUGACAAGUUUUCAUUGACUACAUACAUUUACAUUUUGGUAAAAAUUUAUAUUACUAUAAAUUAGAAUAUGGGAUGCGAAAUGAAAAUCGCAAACGAUCUGUGUUCUUAAGAUGCGCGUGGAAAUCAUUUUUCGAAUAACUUAAAAAAUUUUUGCUCAAGUUUUACAUACACUUGUUUACAUGAUCGAAUUUCUCACGACACGAAGCUUUCCGAAAAUCAAAAUAAUCUAUUAAAUUCUUAUUGCACAAAUUUUAUAUUAAUUUUUAUGUGAGAAAUUAGUCCGCUUGUUUAUCAAUAAAAAGCAUCAAGCGGAUAGUCAUUGUCCAGAACAUCAGCGAAAUAAUACUAUUUACAUUAGCAAUAAUAAGAAUAAAAAUAAUUCCUAGUUUUGUUUUUUGUUCUUGUUUUUUUGUUUCUGUCUCAUGGGAUAUACGCACAAACUUUAGAUGCAUUACGAUUAAACGACUUUAAGUUUCUUCUUUUGCUUUAAGUUCCUAUUAUUUCUUGUGCACACACACAUACACACACGCACACACACACGUCGCGUUAGAUUAGUUUGUAGAUUUGUCGAGUAGAUUUCCAACAUAUAAUUUAUUUCUACAAUAUAGAAACUAUUUGUGUUUGGAGGGAAGAUUAUGCAAAUUUGUUUGCGUCGUUAGUAAUAAGAUUGCGAUGUGAUUGCGAGAGUUACGAGUAAAUGUAUAUUUCAGACGAAAACUCGUCAGUUAACACACAAUGUUAUAUGCUUAUGUUACAGGUGAUGUAAAUACGAUUGAAAAGAAGAUUUUGAUUUCUGAUGUGUUGAUUUCUUUAACAUCUUUUGUUAUGCGUCUUCCUUUUGACGAACGCGUAUCGAAAAUUAAUCGUUUCAAAUUACACUUUUUCUUUUACGAAAUUGUAAAAUAACGCAUCACACGAUUUGUAUGAGAAAUCCACAAAAUUAGUUGGCAAAUACUAGUGUUUUUACAAUGCAGUACAAUUUCACGCUCUCUUGUUUUUUUUACUUCGAAUUUUUUCAUGGUGAGACAAUCGCAUGAGACAAUUGGUUAUACGUUUAUUCAAGUAGGUAAUAUAUUGUUGCAUAUUCCUGUGUUUGACUUGUCGAUUUUUGAAUAACAAGGCUCUCGUGUAGCAAAUUAUUGAUAAUGUAGCUAAUAUUGUUAUCUAUUAUUUAUUCGUCCACAGCAUAACGACUUUACCGAAGAAACUGAGUCACGCGAUCCGUCGGAAUACAAAAUUUAUUAAUACGAUACGCUAUAAACCUUUGUGUACGCGUAUAUGAUAAAAGUGAUUCUCCUUCGAUUAUUAUUAAUCUUAUUGCGAUUAAUUAAUAAUAUAAGAUAUAAAAUAUAAGAUAUUGCACGAUUAUGGUGUAUUAUACAAUGAUGAGCGACGUACUAAGAUACAUAUAUAGUAUGUAUAACUACUAAAAAUUGUUUAAUAAAAAUAUAUUUUUAAGUAAA